AUGACCGCCGAGGAGCAAGAAAUUCUUGAUUUUCGGACGGAGGUGCGGCCACCGGCGAAAAUACGUGCCGAAUUGGAGAUGCUGAAAAAGGACAAUAAGGAAUAUCGGCAGAUGAUCCUGGCAAUCCAAAAUGAAGUUUACGGUGCUCGUCUUGCUGCCAAAUAUUUGGAUAAGGAACUCGCUGGAAGGAUUCAGCAAAUCCAACUACUUGGUCGAGAUAUGCGAGGCGCCGAGCACGAUCGGCUGUGGAAUCAGCUGGAAGCCGAGAUUCACCUCCAUCGCCACAAGACUGUCAUUCGCGCCUGUAGAGGGCGAGGUAAUCAGAAGCAUUUACCAUCACCACCACACCACGAUUACAGAAGUCUGAGGAAACACAAAGGUGUGGGACAUAUCCGCGCUGUUAAACUCGUCAAGGAAACUCAUGAAGGCCUCGGCAUUUCGAUUACGGGUGGAAAGGAGCACGGUGUGCCGAUCCUGAUUUCCGAGAUCCACCCCAGCCAGCCAGCCGAACGCUGUGGCCAACUGUACGUCGGUGAUGCCAUCCUCUCCGUUAAUGGGAUCGACUUGCGUACCGCAAAGCACAACGAGGCUGUACAGAUACUUUCCGAACAGGUUUGA